AAUGGAGGAGGAGAGGCACCACCGCAGCAGCCACCACCACCACCACCACCACGAGGAUGAUGUCGGCAGCAGUAAAGCUUCCUUGUUGCAUCGCCCUGCAGUCGAAUUCGAAGAGCGACAGUGGAAGCUACCUGCGCUACGUCCACGAGAGCGGGGAGAACUACAAGCGGCUGCAGAUCAACGGUAAGGACGCCAACAGCCCCUACACCAGGUACGAUGUGGAAGCGUCGCUGCUCCACCAAGGUCUGGUGCACAUCCGAUGCCGCUACAACCGCAAGUACUGGGUGCCUCGUCGGCGGGGCGACGGCUGGUGGAUCGUCGCCGACGCCGACGAGCGGGAAGAAGACCUGACCAGGCCCAACUGCACGCUGAUCAAACCGAUCAUUGGUGUCACCACCCGCACCACCGGUGGUGAUGGCGGUGAAGCGGAAUCAGUGAUGACCGUCAGGUUCGUCCACGCGGGGCAGCAGCUUGGGAAGGGCGCGCGCAUGAUCAUGACCACGCCGUCGACGAAAGAAGGCGGCGAGGGCAACAGUACUAGCGCCAGAGGUGCCUAUAUGCGCGUCGUCGGCGACGUUGUCGAAGCCGAGCACAAGGGCGCCGUCGAAGAUGUAGGCUUCACCGUCCUCAACCUGUCCAAGAGCAAGAGGAACCUGCCUAAAUUUGUGGUGUUCAGGCAAGCUCAGGACGAGAGGUACCUGAGUGCGGUCGUGGUCGAUAACCAACUUUUCCUCCAGUUCAACUCGGGGGACAUGGGUGACCCAAACGUGACACAUGAGAUCGUCCAGAUGGACGACGGAGCAUCAGUCCGCAUACGCAACGUCGGCCGCAACGCGUUCUGGGAUCUUACACCCAACGACUGGAUCCGACCGGCUGUGGGCUCCAUAGUCGGGCAGGAUACCCGUGUAAGGUUCGAGGUCACCGAGGUGAUGGACUUCUUCGCGAUCCGCAGCGUGCUCAACGGCCGCUUCUGCCGGAGCGACGCCGGCGGCGGUGGCGGCGUGGCGCGAGGCCUACGCGCCGUCGACGGGAACAUCACCACGGGAGCUCGGAUCGUGGUGGAGGAGGCCAUUCUGCACCGCGAGAUCUACGGCAUCGAGUACGACCUCCGCGAUUCGAGGGUGUACGCCACCAACGUCCUGACCAUGGCCACCACGUCGGCCGCCAACGACACCUCCACCGCGCACACCAAGAGGCUGAGGCUCUUCUACGAGGAGACGGAGGCGGCCACCUGGGACACCACUCUCGAGGUGAAGCUCGGCUACAACGCCACCAUGAGGGCGGGUUUCCCCAAGCUGGGCCUCGGCGCGACGGCCAGCAUCUCCGCGGAGUUCUUCGGGUCCUUCAACUGGGGCGAGAGCGUCGAGACGACGGUGAAGCAUGAGGUCGAGUACGAGGUCGCGGUGCCCCCCAUGACCAAGGUCACAGUGCGCCUCCUCGCGACCAAGAGCGCUGUCGACGUUCCCUUCCGGUACCUGCAGCGGGACAUCAUGCUGGACGGGAGCACGCGGGAGGCGGCAUACGACGACGGUCGGUUCACUGGCGUCAACAGCUAUGACUUCCACUUCGAGACCGUGGAGGAGGAGCUGCCAGAAAGGAAGAAGCAUAACAGGGCCUCUUGAUCGGUCUCGAUUUUCGAUCAUAUUUGAUUAUCAAUAUACUAGUAUAUAUCACGCAUGGCAUGAAUAAUGUACGACGACGUACUGCAGCACUACUUUGCAUCUAUGUACUGCUAGCUUACUCCUCUUAAUAAAAACGUGCCCAGUCAUGGUCGCGAAAAAAAAAUGUACGGCUAA